AUGAAUCCAGGCGUCCAACAUCCAAAAAUACACACAAAUCAACGGAUUGUUGAACGGCAUGGUGCCUUACCGCCGCCAUCAUCAGCCCAUCUUGCUGCAUUCGAUGAUCCCUCACAGUCCUAUUCUGCCGUCGCCAACUCAUAUCCGACUAGCGGUGGCCCUUACGAGGCGUCGCCAGCGAAACGGGUAAGAAUAUCAGGCAUUCUAGCAUCCUCAACCGCAGGCUGGGGCACAGGUCAACAGCAUGGCCAAGAUCAUGAUGCAGAAGUAGGGCCUUCUACUGAAGCGGGUCCAAGAGCUCCCAAGUCCACUUACCGUGAGAAGAAUGGCGAUAUCACGGUGAAAAAGUCCAACGCAAUACCGCAAAGCGGCAGCACGAGCAGCAGUGUCAACACUAACAACAAGUCUCGCCGGGUCCGCACUGGGUGUCUAACCUGCCGUGGCCGCCACCUCAAGUGCGAUGAAGCCUUCCCGGAAUGCAACAACUGCCGAAAGAGUUGUCGUGAAUGCAAACGGGGUCUACGCCUGAACUUCAUCGAUACCCGAGUCAAAAGUCCGCCAUUUGUGCCGCCUACGUUGGAGUGGUCAGUAAAAUUUCAUGACGAGUCGCGGCUGAUUGCGUCGGAGUAUCAGGGUGGAUUGGGACGCUAUCCCCGGCUGGAUCAGAACACCGCCGUCACGCCGCCUCAUGAGACAGAACUGAAUGCCACGCUCCGUGUUGUCGCUCAGAAACAGGAUGCCGGUGACGGCAAGACCUACCACCCGGACAACGACGUCACUCCGGGCCUUGGUGAACAGGAUGUGGUCGACAAAGGCAGUGAUGCUGCUGGCUUGAUAAUAAAACUCUUCCCUAACCAGCCCAUUUACGAUGGAAAUCAGUUAUUCCAACCCCAAGAUCUGCACCUGCGGAAUGACAGCGACGGUCCUUUCACGAUGCGGGUCAAGAUCUCACAACACCACACAACAAAGGAUGCCUGGGCUUCACAAGCCCAAGGAUACAGGAGGAGCGAGGUAUCAUCGAGUGCGGUGCCUUCUUUUUCCCAGCACGGCCAUCAAAGUCAGUCUGCACGGCAAAGCGUUGCUUUGACGACCUACGGGCUGCAAACCAGCCAAAGCCAACACGCGCCCGAAGCCAUGUCAGAAAACUCAACAGCCAGGACUACCCCAUCAAAGAAAACAACUGUCGAACGGGACUACCUUGGCACGGAUUCCGAAAUCCAUCUUAUGCAAGUGUUCAUUAGCGAAGUCGCCCCCUGGAUGGACAUCCUUAGUAAAAGCAAGCAUUUCGCCAACAUGAUGCCCGACCUAGCCCUCAAAUCACCCAUGCUUCUCAAUGCUCUCCUAGCCUGUGGCACCAUGCACCUCUCCCUAACACAACAACAACAACAACAACAACAACAACAACAACAACAACAACAACAACAAUCUUCUUCCCAACCUUCCGGUAUCAGCAGUGUCAACAAAGCCUGUUCGUACUACGAUCUCGCAAUGAUGGAGCUCUUGCAUAACGUCGAGCAGACUGGCCCACCAUCGGACCGCAAUGCAGCCGAGUGUGCCACCGCGGCUACUGUGCUCAACGCGUACGACAUUAUGAACAGCGGCGGGAACCCGUCCCCAUCCCCGUUCCCGUUCCCGUUAUCGAGAUCGCAGCAGCAGCAACAGCAGCGGGUAGCAGUAGAUUACCACAUCGCCGGCUGCGCCAGGGCGCUGGUAAAGGAAUGCGGGUGGAACGCGAACUCGGCGUCCGCGACGGGGACUGGUGUGGGGGAAGCUUGUUUCUGGUUCAACGGGUGCAUGGAGGUGCUCAGCUGUUUGCAGCCGGCGCUGGUGAUGAUGAACUCGUGGCAGCAGACCCCAACUGUUUGGGAUCCCGAUCAGUGGGGGCUGGAUGUGAAUGUUGACCGAUGGGCGACUGCUGCGAAUAGUACAGCGGUUACGGGGAACGACAGUAAUCUGAAAAUAAUUGAAAAUGAUCACCAGUCGCCCUUUGGGCUUCAUCGGCUCGGUGCUUCGGGCGGUGGGGGCUACGGCGCUGGUAACGGCAGCGGAGAGGAAGAGCUUUGGGCGCAACGCAUCCUCUACGUCCUCGCCAAGGUUGUUAACUUUUGCUCUGCAAACAACAACAGCGUGUCACGAUACCAAGAAACCUCGCCUCACGACGAACAGAUGCGUCUCCAGAGGCGAUUCACGGAGUGGAAGAGCCUCAAUGACAUGUGCGACGCCUGGAGAAGUAACUGUCCGCGAUCAAUGCGGCCGUAUGGAUAUGUUCGCUCGUCCUCGAGUGGGUCGUUGUUUCCUAAUGUCUGGCUCAUCAAUCGCCCUGCCCUCAUCGCCCGCCUCUUCUACCACGUAGGCAUGUGCAUCCUCGCCCAAGUAAGCCCCGUCAGUCCGCGCGAUAGCGACGCCAACCGCGAGCUUCAGCAACAUCACGCUCGGCAGGUGUGCGGCAUCGCGGCGCAUAACAAAGAUGGCGCCGUGGCGUCGAUAGUGACUCGCUGCGUUGCGACCGUGAGCGGUGUGCUAUCCGAUCGAGCUGAGCAGACUGAGGCAUUGGCUAUCCUUGAGAGGAUCAGCACCGAGACUGGGUGGAGGUUGGGUAGCUUGGUGACUGAUAUGAAGAGGGCUUGGAGCUGGGGAGUUGUUGAGAUGCCAAACGGUGGUGGUGGUGGUACAAAUGCUGCCAACGGGAACAACAAUAGAGGAGGAGGAGGAGUAGAAGGAGGAAAAGCCUUCGCUUCGGCUCUACUUGGCUCAGCAACAACAGGCGCCAGCUGCCAGGACUCCUUCCACAGCGGCAGCAACUACGUACUCCAACUCGCCUACUAUACCUAA